AUACAAAUCAAUCUCUGGAAAUUUGGUUGAACAAGCGGUGAAACAAUGAAUGGAACCUCUGAAUUGUGGAGGCAAAACGAUACUUCUUGUCGUUUAUCGACAUGCGAAACCAACGGCAGAGUUAAAGCAGACGAUGCGGCAAAAGAAACCUCAAAAUUUUGCUCAACACCUGAAACUUCGGAGAGGCACGAAGAAUAUGAAUACCUUGAUUUGGUGCAACGAAUUAUCCGAAACGGCAGGAAGAAGGGCGAUCGCACUGGAGUUGGAACUUUGUCUAUUUUUGGACCCCAAAUGCGGUUUAGUCUCAGAGAUGGUGUUUUUCCACUCUUGACUACAAAAUCUGUCUUCUGGCGGGGCGUUGUGGAAGAACUUCUAUGGUUCAUUAGAGGAUCGACGGAUGCCAGGGAUCUUUCCAGUAGAGGUGUUAAAAUUUGGAACGCGAACAGUUCUCGAUCGUUUUUAGACACCUGCGGCUUUACUGAUAGAGAAGAAGGCGAUCUUGGGCCAAUCUACGGCUUUCAGUGGAGACAUUUUGGUGCUGAGUACAAAGAUAUGAAUGCGGAUUAUACAGGACAAGGAAUAGAUCAACUACAAGAUGUUGUAGAGAAAUUGAAACAUUCGCCAAAUGAUAGGCGAAUCAUAAUGUGUGCUUGGAAUCCAGUGGAUAUCCCAAGAAUGGCUUUACCCCCUUGCCAUUGUCUGGUUCAGUUCUACGUAUCUGAUGGCGAAUUAUCGUGUUUAUUGUACCAGCGAAGCGGGGAUAUGGGUCUGGGUAUUCCCUUUAACAUUGCCAGUUAUUCUCUACUCACUUACAUGUUGGCCCAUGUUACAGGAUUGAAGCCUGGUGAGUUUGUGCAUACAAUUGGUGACUGCCACGUUUACUUGAAUCAUAUUAAUGCCCUAGAAGAACAGAUUAAACGAACACCAAGACCGUUUCCCAAACUUGAUAUUAUUCGAAAGGUUGACGAUAUUGAUGGGUUUAAGGCAGACGAUUUUGAACUGAUCGGGUACGAUCCUCACCCAAAAAUAGCCAUGGAUAUGGCUUUGUAACAGAACCGGUAUACUGAUCUCGUUCCUAGAAUUUAAAAACUUGGAAAGUAUCCAAAUGAAUACCUAAUGGGGCUAAAAUCGUUGAUGAUAUUCACAUGAGAAUUAGUAUCUUUCUGUACAUUAUAAUGUGUAAUAUAUCGAUGACAUAUCUUGCAUGAAAUUAUGUAUAUUGUUCGACGCAGUGAUU